CUUUGAGCGUGUUUCGUUCUUGGCAUCGAAUGCCAUCAUCACCCUACCCGGGACCUUGCACAUCACAAACGAGCAAUAACAUAUGUUACUGCAAUAUUAUCGACUCAGGAUUUGAUAUAAAGAAGGGCGGCCAUGGCCAGCGAUGAAGACGCGAGGAAAUCCUCCUCCCCCGACGACCUUUCCGAUGUCGACAGCACAAACAGCAGCGAUGGCGAAAGCGACGCGGGGGAGCCUCAAAAGGUCGAAUGGCUCGUCACAUCCCGCGCGAAACGAGCGACUGCAGGGAAUCGCAUGAAAUCGAUGCUCGCGAAUGAGGAGCCUGCCGCCGAAGACUCCGAUCUCGAACUGCUCUUCGCCGAAGACGAGGAUGAUGUCGGCUUCAGCGACGAGGCCCCGGAUGACGCGUCUGACGUGCUCAUGGAUUCGUCUUCGGACGAGGAGGACAAGGAAGAGAAUGCGGACGAGAUGGAAGGGGAGAAAGAGCUGGAACGCCAAGCUCGUGAAAAACGAACAGCCGAGCGCAAACGGAAAGCUCAGGACGCCAUACCCGUCAAGUUCAGAAAGAAGGUCCGUAUCGAGAAGCCAGCUGCCCGCCCGCCGCGGCCUAAGAAGAAGUCGGAGAGGACAAGCUGGCUUCCAUCGCCCGCGGAUCUGCCAACGCGCGCCUCGGAGCGCCGGACGACCAAGAUAAGCAAGCAGCAGCUGCAUCAGAAAAUGGUGUCGGACGAGAUCAGGCGGAGGAAGCAGGUGGAGCGGAUGGAGAAGAAGGCCAAGCAGCUCGAGGCAUCGAAGAAGCCCCCCAUGACCCAAGCAGAACGUCUAGCUGAGGCUGCUAUCAUCGAGAAGCGGAACUCCAAGAGCCUGAACCGGUGGGAGGAGGCCGAGAAGCAGAGGGAGGAAGAGCGCCUGAGGAAGAUUGCAGCUUUGCACAGCCGCAAAUUGGACGGCCCCGUAGUCACGUUCUGGAGUGGUAUCCAGGAGUUGCAAGAGGGCCAGGGCAAGCAUGUCGGCAACCUGGUGUCGAUGGAGGAGAAAGCACCGCGGAAGAAGAGGCAGUCGAAGCUGGUGGAGGGGGAUAAGGCGCCCGAGACGCCAGGCGUCAAAACAGAACAGCCCGAUACACCAACUCUGCCGAGUACACAACCUGGUCCGCCUGAGCCGCCGUCUGCUGGUCCCGCGCAGGGUGCUCCGGUAACAGCGACGCCGCCGGCCGCGGGGCCAGAGCCAGGCUCAGCCUCAGGCCGAGCCUCGACACCAACACCAGCACCAGUUUCCGGGCCGGCACCAGUCUCUGGACCGGCACCAGUCUCUGGACCGGCACCAGUUUCCGCGCCAGCACCAGUUUCCACACCGGCGCCAGUCUCCGCGCCAGGGGUAGUGUCUACAAUAGCACCGCUUUCCACACCAACACCGGUUCCAGCACCAGCACCACCAGCACCAGUUUCUCCGCCAGCACCAGCACCGGCCGUAGCUCCAGUGUCAACGCCAAUGGCCCCUCCUCCCAUCCCUCCACCACCCGAUACGAGGCCAAGCAGCCUGGGCGUGCUCGCAGCGCCGGUUCUCGCACCACCUGCGGGGCUCUCGUCUUCCCUCGGCGGGCAGAUGCCCAUGUUGGGCUUCCCUGCCGGAACCAAACCUUUCCUUGCGGCCCCGAAUACUUCGCAUACCCCCUCACCCCUGUCUAUGCCGCCAUCUACCCCAACCCCUACUGCCGCACCCCAACAAACUGCUCCUCCGACAGCGUCGACCCCAAAGCCCAAAGUCACCAUUCCGGCUCCUCAACCACCCUCCACCCCUAUCACACCGCUACAAACACCACAGAUGAAAUCAUGUCCACCGUCCGCAAGACCCCCCGACACGCCACAAGAAACACCAGCCUCCGCCUCCGAUCCUGUACGCGAAGGAAAGGUGACGCGCAGCUGCAUCAUCCUGCAGAACUUUGACAACAACGCGAUCAAAGACAAGCAGGUGCAGACGCAGAUUCUAUUCGGGAGGAAGAUGAACAAACUAGCGAAACCCGCACAUCCACCCCUCUGCGUCAUCACGAACCACCCCGCGAAGUACAGAGACCCGAAGACGGGCCUGCCGUACUACAACGACUACGCAUACCGCGAGAUCCAGCGCGUGUACCGCGGCGAUUACAAGUGGAGCCGUCUUGUAGGUGCUUGGGUCGGGAGAGGAGACUAUGCGGCGCAUGGAGUCCCGGAGUGGUUCUUGGACCCGUCCAAGGAGGUGAAGCAUGCUGAACCGGACUCGGCUCCCGCCGACGAGGCCGCCGAAUUGAAGGUCGAGGAAGAGGACAAGACCGUAGGCGAGGCGAGGCUAGAGCCAGUUGAAGGGGUACAGGCCCCGGACGCGGCGGCGGCACCACCUGCCCCUCAAACUAUUAGCACGUAGUUGUGUCUCGAACACGCGGGGUUCGAAUGUACA